AUGUCAACUCCCGGUCUUCCAAUGUCAUCUCCUCCUCCGGAAAACCCCCGGAAGCGCCAUUUGGACGAUGAUGAAGAUGAGGACAUGGACAACGGCGUCCCUUCAAGUCCUCCCGCUUCUACACCUGGUUGGGUUCGCUCUUCACCACCAUUGAUGGACGAUGAGGAUGAAAUCGACGAGACUGGCGGUAUUCUGGAUUUGGAUGAUAUAGAAGAGGAACUUGAUGGAGAGGAUAUCAUGGCGAAUAUGGAAAAGGAUUACACUCAGAAUCUCGUUCUUGACCAGUAUGAAGCCGAUAAUAUCGACGACGAAGAAUACGAGGAAAUGGAUAUUGGUCUUCGUCGUAUUCUUGAUCAAAAAAUGGACCGUCGGGAUAUUAUUAGUCGCCGCAAACCAGCAAUUUUCAUGAGCGACGAUGAAGACGACCAACCAGACUUAUUCCAACAACAGCAACGUACGAGACGAGGAACCCGUGUCUAUGAUGAAGACAGGGAUGACGACGAUAUGGACAAUUUAAUGGGCGAGGCGCUAUCCCUAGAGCAACUUGGAGACAUCAAAGCUGCCAGUAUCGCUGAUUGGCUUUCUGUUCCAAACGUAUAUCGUAGCGUUGCCAUCCAUUUCAAAAACUUUCUCCUCGAGUAUACCGACGGAAAUCUUGCUUCUGUGUACAGUGCUCGUUUUCGAACGCUCGGAGAAGUGAACGCCGAGUCUCUCGAAAUCUCAUUUCAGCAUUUGGCCGAGCACAGAGCAACGCUCGCCCUCUUUCUUGCAAACGCUCCGACAGAGACCUUGAAGAUUUUUGACCAGGUUGCCAUGGAAACAACCCUUCUUCAUUAUCAGGAUUAUCAGCGUAUUCACUCCGAGAUUCAUGUUCGCAUUGCUGAUGUUCCAACAUCAUAUACACUCCGUGAACUACGACAAUCUCAUCUCAACGCUCUUGUCCGUGUCCGCGGUGUAGUGACCAGAAGGACUGGUGUGUUCCCGCAGUUGAAGUAUGUCAAGUUCGACUGCAGUAAGUGUGGUACAACUCUUGGGCCUUUCCCACAGGACUCAAAUGUUGAAGUCAAGAUUUCGUACUGCCAGAACUGUCAAUCGCGCGGACCGUUCACAUUAAACUCUGAAAAGACUGUUUAUAGGAAUUAUCAGAAGAUGACAUUACAAGAAUCACCUGGUACUGUCCCCGCAGGAAGACUUCCUCGACACAGAGAAGUCAUCUUACUAUGGGACCUGAUUGAUUCCGCCAAGCCCGGUGAAGAGGUGGAGGUCACAGGUAUCUACAGGAAUAAUUAUGAUGUUCAACUCAACCAAAAGAAUGGUUUCCCCGUCUUUGCUACUGUUCUCGAGGCAAAUAACGUUGUCAAGUCUCACGAUGAACUCGCUGGGUUCAGAUUAACUGAAGAGGACGAAAAGGCGAUCCGAACACUUGCACGCGACGAAAAUGUCGUAAAUAAAAUCAUUGACUCAAUGGCGCCAAGCAUCUAUGGGCAUCGCGAUAUCAAAACUGCUGUUGCAUGUUCGCUUUUUGGUGGUGUUGGGAAGGAUGUUCAAGGGAAGCAUACGAUCCGUGGUGAUAUCAAUGUAUUACUGCUUGGUGAUCCCGGUACAGCGAAGUCACAAGUGUUAAAAUAUGUCGAAAAGACGGCGCAUCGUGCUGUGUUUGCUACAGGCCAAGGUGCUAGUGCGGUGGGUUUAACGGCAAGUGUAAGGAAAGAUCCCAUAACUCAAGAAUGGACGCUUGAGGGAGGAGCGUUGGUGUUGGCCGAUAAAGGAACUUGCCUGAUCGAUGAGUUUGAUAAGAUGAAUGAUAAAGACAGAACAUCGAUUCACGAAGCAAUGGAACAGCAAUCCAUUUCCAUUUCCAAGGCUGGUAUUGUGACUACUCUUCAAGCUCGCUGCGCGAUCAUUGCAGCUGCCAAUCCCAUUGGUGGUCGUUACAACUCCACUAUUCCAUUCGCCCAAAAUGUCGAACUUACAGAACCCAUUCUCUCACGUUUUGACGUACUCUGCGUCGUCCGUGACACCGUUGAUCCUGAAAUUGAUGAACGUCUUGCUACAUUCGUUGUGGCCUCCCACGGCCGAUCUCACCCCGUCGGUAACUCUGGCGGUGGGGACCAGCCAACAGGCUCAAACAAUGGCAACUCAUCCGGACUCAUCUCCCCUAUACCCCAAGAACUCCUCAGGAAGUACAUAAUGUACGCACGCGAACAUUGUCGUCCGCAGCUCCAUCAAAUGGACCAAGAUAAAGUAGCACGUCUCUUUGUUGAGAUGCGCAGAGAGUCACUUGCAACUGGAAGUUUCCCGAUCACAGUUCGUCAUUUGGAAAGCAUAAUCCGUUUGUCAGAGUCUUUCGCCAAGAUGAGAUUGAGUGAGUAUGUCUCCAUGAAAGAUAUCGACCUUGCUAUCGCGGUCACGGUGGAUAGUUUUAUUGGUGCACAGAAAGUAAGUGUGAAGAAGAGCUUGGCGAGAGCAUUCGCGAAAUACACAUUGCCGAAGAAUGGGCCCAAGGGGCCAGCCGGAGGAAGGAGGGGGAGGGUUGCUGCGGUCAACCUACGUACCCAGAAGCGUCUCGCAGCCUCCGUCAUGGACUGCGGUGAGCGAAAAGUCUGGCUCGACCCCAGCGAGGUCAGCGAGAUCAGCAACGCCAACUCUCGCCAGACUAUCCGUAAGCUCGUCCGUGACGGUCUUAUCAUCAAGAAGCCCGCCACCAUGCACUCCCGUUCCCGCACCAGGAUCCUCGCGGAUGCCAAGCGUGCUGGUCGCCACACUGGUUUCGGUAAGAGGAAGGGUACCAAGGAUGCCCGUAUGCCAUCCCAGGUCCUCUGGAUGCGCCGCCUCCGUGUCCUCCGCCGUCUCCUCGUCAAGUACCGUGCCCAGGGAAAGAUCGACAAGCACCUCUACCACGAGCUCUACCACCUCUCCAAGGGUAACACCUUCAAGCACAGACGUGCUUUGAUUGAGCACAUCCACAAGGCUAAGGCCGAGAAGGCCCGUGAACGUAUCCUCAAGGAGGAGAUGGAUGCCAAGCGUGCGAAGACCAAGGCCGCCAGGGAGAGGAGGCAGCAGAGAGUCCAGGAGAAGAGGAACGCCCUCGUUGGCGACGAGACUGUCGCAGAGGAGAAAUAA